UCACCGACUCAACACGAUUCAAGAGCGGCAUCCGUGUCACUCUCACAAUAACGCGACCUAAACGGAGGUGGCCCAUCAAACUAUAACGAAUGACAAAGGGGCCCGGUCACUCGCGGGCUAUCUGCGCAGAACUCACUAUGAAUCCCUAUAAACAAUAGUGCCAAGUGAUCUUCUAAUAAAGACUGUGUGUGACUAAAAAGGUGCUGUGAUAAAAUCGGAGAUACAUAAAGUGCGCGUUAAAACCACUGGUUGGUGUGGAUGGUUUCAAAGGUUCACUCUGUGGCUGUGAAAGACAGUGUUUUGUUUUAAGUGAAGUAAACAGGAUACGAUCUAUUGGGCGAGACGGCGGUCACGUGUAGGGCGGCUGUGGUACACCGGCGAACAUGACCUAGUGCCCCAUGACAGCGGCACUCCUCGCGCCACGCACCCGCUCGCCGACCUGACCGCACACAAUACACACGUAGCCUAACGAUGUUGGCGCGCUGGCUGGUCGCCUGCUGCGUGGUGCUGUGCGCGCGGCCGGCAUACCCUCAGGGCGCACAGCAGUGCCCCGCGCCCAACACCAUGACGCCUUGCAGCUGCACCGUCAAGAAGAACGGGCUCGACAUCCUCUGCGAGUUCACAGAGCAGCAGCACAUACAGAAGGCUAUGAACACACUUCGCUCCAAACCGAUGAUAAUUUUCUACUUGAAGCUGCGACACAACAACCUGGCAAAGCUACCGGCGUAUAUUUUCUUGGGCCUGGACAUCCGCCAUCUUACAGUUCACAACAGCAGCUUAGCUGUCAUCGAAGAUUCCUCGCUGAGUUCCAUCGGAAACAAGCUGACGCAACUGGACGUGUCCCAGAACAGCCUGGCUACGAUCCCGACCUCGUCGUUCACGCAUCUCAACCACUUGCUCAUCUUAAACAUGAACCACAACAAAGUAACCGCGGUGCACAACCGCGCCUUUAUGGGGCUAGACACGCUGGAGAUCCUGACUCUGUACGAGAACAGGAUAUCUGUCGUCGACGGCGAGGCUUUCAAGGGGCUCGAGAAGAAGCUGAAACGACUGAAUCUUGGCGGUAACGACCUGACGGCGGUGCCGCAAAAAGCGCUCGCCUUGCUCGAGAACCUCAAGAAACUGGAAAUGCAGGAGAACCGUAUCGCUACCAUUACGGAAGGAGACUUCGCCGGUUUGCGUAACCUAGAUUCCCUGGGGUUAGCACACAACCAGUUGCGUGAAGUGCCGGCUCAAGUGUUCUCCCAUCUGACAUUUCUGAACUCUUUGGAACUCGAAGGAAACCUAAUUCAGAGGAUCGAUGAGAAAGCUUUUUCAGGACUGGAAGAAAACCUUCAAUAUCUCCGUCUCGGAGACAAUCGGCUGCAUGAAAUCCCCUCGGAGGCGCUUCGUCCGCUGCAUCGCCUACGUCACUUGGAUCUUCGCUCCAAUAACAUUACCUACAUCAGCGAAGACGCAUUCACUGGAUACGGGGACUCUAUCACGUUCCUCAACCUGCAGAAAAAUAUGAUUCAUCAGCUGCCUACGAUGGGCUUCGACAACCUGAACUCUUUGGAAACCCUUAACCUUCAGAACAACAAGCUGCAGCACAUUCCUGAGGAAAUUGUAGAGCCUAUUUUGGAUACUCUUCGGGUUGUCGAUAUAAUGGAUAACCCGUUGAUUUGCGACUGCGAGCUGGCGUGGUACGAGGCCUGGCUCGCCGGUCUUAGGGACCGCGACGACGAAAUGAUGCAGAAGAAGCGAACCGUCUGCACCAUGCUCAACGAACACAGAGAGUACAGCGUCGCCAAGAUGCCUCUAGAAAAGAUGAGCUGCAAGAGGAAACCCGCCUACGGACGACCCUCCUCUGCAACAACCAACACAUGCCACGCCAUCAGCAUCGCAGCCAACGCACUUCUCGUUGCCCUCAACCGAAGACUCUAGAAUAACCAUUAAUUUAACCCUUCUUUAGUCCUAUUUCAGUUACGCGAAGACCAACAUUCGGGCUAGCUGUGGCCGGAUAGCCCGAACAGAAAGCCUUCGCCACGUAAGUUCUGUUCAAACUUUGUAACGUAAUGAAUUUGUGCAAUAAAUACGAUACAUAUCAAUUUUGGGCUGAUAAAACAAAAUAGUUGUAUAUUGGAGCGGUAGCUUGAUAAGGAGUGGUCUAAAGUCGAGUAAAUUAGUGUGAUACGGUAUUUUUACAUAUUAGAAGACCUCUUACGGUAUGCCUUACCUUAGAGUAUCUAAUGUACCAAGAAGUAGGUGGACACGUUGAUUACACCAAUCGUUGAUAAGUAUCACUGGGGAAGUGUCUAAAUUUUGUAAUAUAGAGCUUCGAGAAGCUAAAUUAAAUAACAGGAGAAUAAAUUCGUGUUAUCACGAAUAAUUGCUCUUUUUCUAGCACAAACUUUUAGUUUGAAAUUUACAACGCCCUUGAUAUUGAAAUUUUAAUAUUUUUUUAUCAUUUACCCCCGCCUUUACGAUUGUAUUAUAGUAAGCUUUUAUGCAUUUACGAUGUUGACUAUUAUAAUAUUAUAUCUAUAAUUCUAAGCAUAAACGAGUAUGAGGUGUUUUAAGCUAUAUUUAUGUACAAUUUACAUCUAUCUCCAUCGUGUUAACACUGUUGUUAAGAUUUUACUCUUCGUUAUAAUUUGUUAUAUACCUUCGUUUAUUUUAAGAUCUUGACUACUUGAACUUUGACGGUUUCAUUUACUGACUCUACAGUGCUUCCGUAUGCUCUACUCUAUUUUAUUUUUUACAGAUUUCCACUUGAAGAGUAAUAGGGCAAAAUUGAGUAGCAGAAUAAGUUUAGCGCCAUUUUCUAAAUUGCUUCACAAUAAAAGUCGAUAUGCGUUAUUCUAAAUUAAAUAGAAACUGCGAUGAUGUUCGAUUCGAUGUAGACUAGGUGUAGGUAGUUAAGUGUUAGGUAAUUUUGUCGGAUUAAAUAUGUUGAUACGUUGUCACUAGUAAAUUUCUUGAUAUACUCUAAGAGGUAAUUUUGAGAGCCUCCUUGGUUCAGAUUUGUUUAAACAAAGCGUUUAUUCGUAAAGCUUUCAUGAGCUAUGUUAUUUUUGCUUUACUCAUUUUCUUUGAUAGGUAAUGUUUCGCAGUAAUUAAAUUGCUGUUAAAAUUUAUCGAUAUUAGGUAGUCGAGUAAUAAAUGUGACUUUAGACAUCGUUUGCUAGCCUGAUCAUUUUGCAAGUUUAAUUAUAAUCUAUUUCAACGUCGCCAAUAUAAUAGGUACUCAAUCAAAUUUGACGCGACAUAAUAUUCAACAACAAAAUAAUUGAUAGAAUACAAAGCUAUCAUUUGAUGCAUUAGGCAAGAACGUGUGAAAGUGAUAAAAUGUAACCAAAAACAUAUCCCUUAGCCUUUAUGUGUAAGAUGAUAAUAUUUAUGAAUGUGCUAAAGAGAGAGAUAAUGGUAACCAACAUUGAAUUUUGGGGUAAAAUAAUCGAUAAUACUCAGGUAUUUUCGAUUAGAAUUGAAGGAAUUUGGAAGACCAAUUUAUAAUACUUUUUCUUUGUCCUCUUCCUUCUCUAGGGUCAUCAAAGUGUGAAUGAGAAAUUUGAAUGUAUUUGAAGUAUGAAAAAAUGCUGUCGAAUGUGUGUAGGACGCGAGAUCGAAUACUUUGUAUUCAAUUUACACAUGUUUACACAUUUUUUAUACACUUCCAUUAUUUCAUGUUAUCUUGAUAUUUUCACUUAUAUUAUAGUCAGUACACAAUUUACACGUUUCAGUAGAAUAUGCACAAUUAUACACAUAUAAUUAAUAUAUUACGCACAUAAAUAAUUAUAAUCAUAAUAUUAAGAAGCAGAGUCGAAGUAACCUGAUAAUUAAGGAAAUCUCAUUAUAUACCGUCUUAACAAAAAUUGUAGUGGAAAUAUUUUAUUCUAUAUCAUAUUUUGGUGUUAAAUGUCGUGUUACAUAUUUAAUAUGUGGAAUAUAUUUACUGCUUCGUGUCUAUUUAGAUAUAAUCUGACGCAAGUUAAAAUUAAGACUGUCGCAUAGUUAGAAGGAUUGGAUAAACGUGUGUAUCUUUUACAUCAUUAUACAAGUUUCAUAACAUAUUGUAAUGUAAUAUUAUACAUUUAUAUUCCAUUUUCGACAUGGAAAUAAAAUGGGAACCAGCAUGAAACAUAUCGGGUAGGUGGGGAGCUUACGAUGAAGUUCCCACUGGCCAAUAUCUGCAUAUCAAUAUAGUAAUAAGUCAUUUUAACCUUUACCUAUAUAUCUAUUGUUGUGUGUUGUAUAAUAUAUUAUUCACUGUUGUACUACCUACUCAUUGUUGUAGCAUGAAUGAUAUUGGCUUAAAACUGUUGUAGUUAUUCACUCUUGCUGUAAAUAUAACUCGUUAUUUAUUUUGUGAUUGUGACGUUAUUAUUUGUAACCAGUUAUUUGUAAUUAUUAAUGUGGUCUUCUUUGAUCUUUCAAUCAAGAUUAUGAGAAUAUAUGUACUAGAUUUUAUUACAAGCAUAUGUUACGUUUUACCUAUUCAUCACAAUAAUUUAUCAAAAUUGUUAAAAAUCAGACGUUUUGAAUGGUCGUUUCGUGGUUUUUAAAGAUCUAAGUAAUAUACUCAUAGAUGGGUAUGAUUGUAUUAGAAAAAUGAGAGUUUGAUGAUGGAGAUUGUAUUUAUAUGAUGCUCAUAAUACGUUUAAGAUCCUGAAUUAGACAAUUGUAGAAUCAUGAGUAUUUUAAAUCGAAUGGUAACGACAACGGCAGACCAAAGUGAAAAUUUACAGUCAGUAAUUUAGACAGUUCAUUGGGAAAGUUAACACCACGAAUCUAAGCUAAGUAAUUUGUAUAUUCUUCUGUAUUUGUCUGUUAACCCGAGUUUAUAGUCACAUUUAUUAUUUAAAUAAAUGUAAUUGUAGGUAAUCUAACUCUGUAAUUGAGAUUUUACCGUAAAUGUGUAUUUAUUUAAUUUCAGUUCAAAUAUAAAAAUAAAUAUAACUCAAA